AUGAAAGAAUCGAAAUCGGCCAAGUUGAAUCAGCAACAACAACAACAAUACAAUCACCAGAAUGUUCACUUGUCUUCCUCCAAACUAGCCAAUUUGUUCGAUCCCGAUGCUUCGUGGGACAAGGAUCAAUUGGGAGACGUGUUGCAUUGGAUUCGACAAGUGGUGGGAUUGAUCUGUGGAUUGUUAUGGGGCUCAAUUCCACUUGUUGGAGGCAUUUGGAUCAUUCUGUUUUUGGCGAUAUCCUCAGGGAUCGUUUACGGCUACUACGCAAUGAUUCUCAAGGUUGAUGAAGAAGAUUUCGGAGGUCAUGCAGCUUUGCUGCAAGAGGGUCUCUUUGCAUCAGUUACUCUCUUUUUGCUCGCAUGGAUUCUUGUCUAUAGCUUGGCACACUUCUGA